GCGCGGGGUAGCGCCUGCGGCACGUGAUACGGGAGCGGGGAACGGAUCCGGCCUGGGAGCGAGCGGAGGCGGCCGAGCUUGCAGCGCGGUCAGAAAUGUGACGAAGUUUCUUUGGGAGGCAGUCUUGUGAGUGCUGAUCUUCGGGCAUGGACCAGGGAUCUGACAGUAGCAAGCAUGUGUCUGUGUCUAGUGCAGAGGAGGAGCAGGUGUAUUUGGCUCUCCUUGCAUCUUGAUAUCUGCCAUCGAGGGCAACGCUCUGAUGCAACGUGGCACAGUCCAGACCGACAUUUGUGACAAAGGCGUGUUCAGGCAUAUUAAAACUGGUUUUCUGGAGGUUGCACUGUGCACCAGAUUAUUGUUUUCCUUUCUCGCCACCCUGUAGAAAUGGAGUUUUGCAGCAUUAAAGCAGUAACGUUACAGAUGGACUGACAUUAAAAUGUAGGGGACUGCAAACUUCAGAGGUAUUUCUGCUCUGAGAAUCAGCCUUUCUCUGAUGAAUGCAGCAAGCUGUGAGAGAGCCACUCCUUAAAGAAACAUCCAACUCCAAUAAUCUUUUCUGCUUCCAGUGUGCUCCUGCGUCCUUAAACAUCUCUAUGUUUGUCCUUGUGAUUGAAAUCCCCAUGUAUGCACAUGCACAAGGUUUCACCAGAACUUCUCUGAACUAAUGGAAACCAUGCCAUGAGACCUGCUAAGACUUGAUAAUAGCCAUGACGGAGCCCCACAGGGUUCAGUUCACAUCUUUGCCAGGUCCACUAAGCAACACUUUCUUGAAGAAGCCUCGUAAAGAGGAUGCUGCAGGAGCAGAGCAGCCUCAGGACUCAGCAGCAGUUCGCAUCACACUCACCCUAUUUGAGCCAGAUCACAAACGGUGCCCAGAGUUCUUCUACCCAGAGCUUCUGAAGAAUACUCGAGGGAAAGUGAAAGGUGUUUCCUCAGGAGACAAGAAGAAAGACCUUGGUGAUCCCUUCAAUGAUGAAGAAAAGGAAAGACUCAAAGUGGAAGCUCUUGCCAGGAAGUUUGAAGAGAAAUACGGUGGCAAGAAACGCAGGAAGGACCGUAUGCAGGACUUGAUUGAUAUGGGGUAUGGGUACGACGAAUCUGAUUCCUUCAUUGAUAAUUCUGAAGCGUACGACGAGCUUGUUCCAGCUUCUCUAACUACAAAAUAUGGAGGGUUUUACAUCAACUCGGGAACGCUGCAGUUCCGACAGGCGUCCGAAUCAGAGGAUGACUUUAUCAAAGAGAAAAAGAAGAAAUCUCCCAAGAAGCGGAAGUUGAAAGAAGGAGGUGAAAAAAUGAAGAAGAAGAAGAAAGAUGACUCCUAUGACAAGGAAAAGAAGUCAAAAAAAUCCAAGUUCCCCAAAGCUGGCUUCACAGCACUGAAUGCUAGUAAGGAGAAGAAGAAGAAGAAAUAUUCUGGUGCUCUGAGUGUCAAAGAGAUGCUGAAGAAAUUUCAUAAGGAGAAGGAAGCUCAGAAGAAGAGAGAUGAAGAGCAGAAGAUGGUGACACCCUCACCAGCAGAAGCUCCGACCCCGCGGGAAGUGGAGACUAUGUCUGAUCCUUUGCUAUCUCUCUUUGGCCAUGCCAGUGCCAGUGACUUGCUUCAGGCUGCCACUGCUAUGGACUCCCUGACCGAGCUAGAUCUGGAGCAUCUCUUCAAUGAAUCUCCAGAAGGGAGUCCUUUCCAUGACAUGGAAGAUGGGAGUGACCCUCCUGGAAUGGGCUUGGAACAGGAGUUCAAACAGCCACCUUCCCUCCCAGAUGGAGUACCAGCCACACUGGAGAAACGCAUCAAAGAACUGACUCAGGCUGCCAGAGCUGCAGAAGGAGAAGGCAAACAGAGAUUCUUCACCCAGGAUAUCAAUAACAUCAUACUGGACAUAGAGCUGCAGACCCGUGAGCUGAAUAGCCAGAUCCGAUCCGGGGUGUAUGCUCACCUGGCCUCCUUCCUUCCUUGCAGCAAAGAUACACUGGUCAAGCGUGCCCGCAGACUUUAUCUUUAUGAACAGGGUGGCCGUCUGAAGGAGCCUCUCCAAAAGUUAAAGGAAGCCAUUGGCCGUGUGAUGCCAGAGCAGAUGGCUAAAUAUCAGGAGGAGUGUCAAGCACAUACCCAGGCCAAGUUUGCUAAGAUGCUGGAAGAGGAAAAGGACAAGGAGCAGAGAGACCGGGUUUGCUCUGAUGAGGAGGAUGAUGAAGAGAAGGGAGGGAAGCGGAUCAUGGGACCUCGGAAGAAAUUUCAGUGGAACGAUGAAAUCAGGGAGCUGCUUUGCCAUGUAGUGAAGAUUAAACUGGAUGGCUAUGAGCUGGAGAAGAACAAGGCUCAGUCUCUGGAGGAUUACGUGAAGACCUUUCUAGACGCAGAGGUCAAACCCCUCUGGCCGAAGGGCUGGAUGCAGUCCAGGACUCUGUUCAAGGAGAGCAGGCGUGUGCAUGGACACCUGACAUCAAUCCUGGCAAAGAAGAAAGUUAUGGCUCCUCCAAAAGUGAAGGUGAAAGAAUCCUCGAGUAAGCCAGAUAAGAAGACGCUGGUUUCUGUUCCACUGAUCCACUCAAGUGGCCCAGUUUCUCUGCCUUCUGAGCCGCAGGGAGUGGCCAUUGGCAUCAGCUCCCAAACCAGAGAGCUCUUGUGUCUCAACGUUGCCCAAGCAUCUAGCAGCACUACCACCCUUGCUGCCUUUAGCAUGGAUGACUCCCUGGAUGAGGACUUAAUUCGUAACCCAACCUCUUCCCUGGAAGCUGUGUCCAAGGAAUUGGCUGUGCUUAACAGCCGAGCGUGUGGGAGCCCUGAUUUCACUCUCCCCGGACCCCCAAAGCCUCCUUCAGAGAAGAUCCCAAGCCUUGCAACUUCAGAGGAGAGGCGGAACUUUCCUAAGUCCAGCUCUUCUCCUACCCCACCCCCUGCUGGCUCUCUGCAAUCACCUCUCAAUUUCCUGGCCGAACAGGCACUGGCUUUGGGCCAGUCCUCUCAAGACAAAAAGGCAGAGAGUUCUAGUUACAAAGAGCUGCCCUGCCAAGUAUCCCCCAGUAAAAUCCUCCCCGAUGCCCACCAGUCCAAACAGAAGCAUCUCAGCCUGCAGCGAAUGAGUCACGGGUUCCAGACAUCCACCCCCGUGCCAGUUGCCCAAGUGAAAGUCUUUCACUCGAGCAGCCAGCAGCAGAAAAGCUUCAUGUCCCCAGCUCCGUUUGUCAAACUGCAGAGCCCCAAGUCUGUCUCCCCUGUGCCCCCGCGUUCCCUCCUCCAGCCAAUCAAGCCAUCGACCAAAGCUCAGGGCUUCCAUUCCUUGGUCUCAUCUGCAGGCAGCACACCAGCUUCUAGCAGCUCCCACAAGAGCCCUGGCUCCUCAACAGCAUCGCUAAGCUACACAGGAAAGCACUCCACCAGCUCCAGCUCUUCAGGGCCAUCCUACAAAUCUCCCUUCAUUUCCAGCUCCCUCUCCAAGCACGGGGCUUCUUCCAGCAGCUCCACGUCAGCAGUGUCUGCACACCAGAGCUCCUCCUCGGGGGGCUUGCUGUCAGGUGUACAGACUCCGUCCCCAGGGCAGGCUUCCAGCCGGUCCUCCCCAAGCUCCAUGGUCAAAAAAAACCCUGUCUCCCAGAAGCUGACUCUAGUAGCGCCACCUGGUGGUCCAAAUGGAGAUUCUGGUGGAGGGACUCAGGGGGUAGCCAAGUUACUAACCUCCUCCAUAAAGCCAGCUGUGGUUAGUAGCACCACAUCUUCUACCUCUGUGCCGAAAGGAACUAGUGGAGCUGUGCUGCUAACAAGCUCUCCUCCCUUAAGUGUACUGUCUCCAUCCUACAAGUCCAGCAGUCCAAAGCUGCCAGGUGCCCUGAGCUCCACCCCGCUGGGGAUUAUCUCUCCCAUCCAUUCCUUCCCUCUUCACGUCAUCUCCUUCAGCUCAGACUCCUCCCCCAAAGCAGGAGUAUCCAAGGAUGCAAUUGUCACGGGACCUGCCCCUGGAACUUUCCACCAUGGCCUCAGCCACAGUCUUCUGGCUGGCUUGCACUCCAGCCCACAACAUGCAGCACCACUCCCACACUCUGCCCUGUCCACCCAUUUACCGCAGAGUUUGCCAGAUGCAUCUCCGCUUCAUGGCAAAGGGUCCAAUGUGCAGCAGCGAAAAUUGUGAUGCCUGCAAGAAGGGAAGGAAGCUAAUGCAAGCCCAGGACAAACCAAGAGGAGUCAGCCGUGAAGACUGGAUGCAGAUGGCCCGCUUUCCGCCUGCUCUUUGGUUUUUUUUUUUCCUAACAGCAGCUGGAGAAACUGAGUUGAGUGAAGAGCUCAUUGGCAUUUUUGGUUAGUGGCAUCCAGAGAGGAGCUGUGCAGGAAGCAAGCUGCCUCACGCCACACCCUGGUGAGAGAAGCACUUAGGGCACUGUUUCACUGCUGCUGGUCCUCCCUGGCAAGCGCUAGAACUUGUGGGGAAGCACUGGUGGGGCGUCUUUCUUUCAAAAAGUCAAGCGCCUUGGUGGAUUUCCCCCCACCGGUGUCUAAAUUUGCCAAGUACCUCUGAGUUCAGUGACCUCCUUGGUUCCCCAGGAGAGUACAUGAAAGGUGCUUAUUCCUGCUUUGGAUUUACUUGGAUAACUCAAGCACUGCUAGUGCUUUUCAAAGACAUUGACUCUGUCCUAAUUUUUUAAUUGUACUAUAAAGCAGUGCUCAAGUUAGUUGGAGGACUUAGCACUUCCUUUAUGGUGUCUAUCAUGAAUCGCCUGAUAUUCCCCCCCUGGAGGAGAAUGAAGACUCUUAAAGAGACAUUUUUAGAUGCACUCACGGACAUUGAAAUGCUUCUACGUUUGUAUUUCCUCUCAAGGGAUUUUUUUGUGUGCUCAGUUUUAUCAUUACCUUUGAAUGCAUUGGAUCGAUUGGAACACUUCUCAGCAUGUCACAUGUAUAGGAAGACAUAAUUCCAGUGCCUUUUAUGGUGGAGCAAGAAUGGACUAAUAACAUCCAUUUCGACUGUUUUUUGUGUGCGCGCCUCAGUUCUUUUUUUUUUUAAUCACGCUAUAUUUAAGAUGAAUUCUGUUUUUAUUUAAUAGAGCUUUUUAUGGUUGCACAUCAAAAGCUGCACUGUCUGGACUUAAAUGGUGACUUGGUUACUUUAAAUCUAGUACCAAAUCCAGCAAGAGCACCAAUUCUUAUCUGAGUUUGUGCAAGUGGGUUCCAGACCCUCCCCUAAAGCCAUUCUUUACUAGGGUCUUCAAUAAUGAUCUCUCUGGUGAUCUAGAUUAAGAAAAGUCACUGAUAAUCCAGUGAAUAUUGCUCCCCUUGAUGACUUCUGCACUAAAAUCAUUUCCUUGUCAGAGCUGCAGCAAUGGGGAUCUACUAGGAUCUGAGUGUAUAUUUUUAGCUUUAGCCCUGUAAGCUGAUUUCAGUCUGUCUGCAUGUCCCCUUUGAUAUGCCUGCAUAGAUUGAGGGGGCAGUCUGCGGUUCUCAGAUCGUAAACCCCAUUGACUUGUAGUUGUGGUGUUGUGAUCUCCCUUCUUUCAGGUCACCUUUUAACCAGGUCUAAUUUAUCUGGAUUUCAGAGAUAGUAGCACUGCUCCACAAAUUAGUCAUUGGUAUUUCAAGUAAAAGCUUGCAGAAUUUCUUCCUAUGCUUUGGGAGGGAUACUGAAAUCAAUUAGGCUGGCCAGUAGUCGCUCUAGUUUUCUCUGUUAGUAAGACCCAAGAGACAUGUUUGGAAGUGGAUCUGAUAAAGGACUUCUCAAGAUCACUUCACUGUUCAUAUUUUUCUUUAAAAAUGCAGCUCAGAGUUAAAAUUUGUUUACAAAAAAAAGAAAAUAUUUCUAAGUUGUAGCAAAAGAGCCAAAGACAGAAUUUGCGUUACUAAGAUAGAGUACAGCAGUUAUCGAUGGACUCUGAGCAGUGGAUGUUGCAUGGUUCCCAUUUAGGACCUAAUCCUGAAAGGUAUCAAGCACCUUCAACUUCCACUGAAGCCAGUGGCAGCUGAAAGGGCAUUCAAACACCUGACAGGAUCCUAGCCCUUAAUGAGCAACCCAAGGUACUGGUUCCACUCCCUCUCUUUGCUUUCACUUUGGUGUUUCUGCUGGGAAGCACGUUUGUGCGUCGCAGCUGGAGCAGAAUGCCCUUGUUUUAGGAAUUUAGCAAAGCCUUUGCCUCAGGGAAAUGUUUAUUCGGUGGAAAUUCUGUGGGAUUUAUUUUCUUUACAUGCUGUAAUGAACGAGUGAAUGAAUUAAACCGCCGUGGCAAGGCAGAAAUACGGAAUGAGAUCACAAGCCCUGGGGAGCAGAGCAUCUGGGAUCUCUGUCUUGACUAGGCAAUGUUAGCUGUUUUCUUUAUGGUGGGGGGCGAGCCUCCCACCGGCACUUACUUAGUAUGGCAGUUUCUGUUGUGUGUAAGAGCUGCGAUUUACUUUUUUUGUUGUGAGUGUUGGGUUGGGACUGUCUCGAUGACAAUGAUGGGGGUGGUGUGAAAACUGUCGAUCUUGUACAGAGGAAUUGAAUAAAUUUGUUUCAAAGUUUCCAAAAUGCUCUUUUCAGUCUCUUCACUUCCAAUGUAAUUUGACUGGAAGAUCAUCUUCGUGACUGUAUUGCUGUCUCUAACCACUCACUGGGUGACUAAUUAUUAGUAUGCAUUUUAGCCGAUGUUUUAUAAAUGACCAAGUCCUUUUAAAAUACGGCUGUAACUCUUAAAUUGCCAUUGUAGUAGAAUGACAUCUUCUUACUCAACAGACCUAUUCCUGUGUGUGUUACAUCUGCUGGGAGGGACCAUCCUUUUAGCUUAAUAAUGGUGAUCUAAGGCCCAAUCGAGCUCCUGUCACUGUCAAUGGCAAAACUCUCUUAUUGACUUUAGUGGGAGCAGGGUUAGGUGUAAAAUACAUUUUUAGUGUUCUUAGCCCUGCACAGUAGAGUCAGCAGAGCUCCAGGAAAGUGAGCAGAACUGUGUACCAGGUUCCAAUCAGUUACACCUGUGUAAGUUUCUUAACGGCGAUGGCAUUGCACAGGUGGCACUCAGGACGUUAUUAAGAUCACAUCCCCGUGGGUAUCACUAAAGGCAGCAUUUGGCCUGCAGAACCUGUACUACCCAGGAGGAUAUGUGAGGUGGGAAAAACCCAGCUUGCCUUUCAGCUCCUAAACUGAGAUUGCAGGAAAAGCUCUUCCAUUUGUAAACUGAGCACACGGGAUCAAGAAAUCCCAUGAUGCAAUAAACAUGGAGCCCCACAGGUGCUCUCUUUAGUAUCCUUUUUUCAUAGCAGAGCUGGAUGGUAAGGCAGAAAUUCCGAAACUCUAACCCAAAAGCAAAAUUGGCCUGUAAUUCACCUUUUCCAGUAGCUGCAAGGGUCAGGACAACAUGCUAAUGAUCAGCUGCAGGCCUUUCUUGCUAGUAAACUUACCAACAAGCAAUUUGUGUUUUUUCCAAAGAUAUAGGUACAACAUUAAUAUGCACAUUUCUUAAAUAAAUGUAAGUGUUGGGUGAAAGUUUGCCUUUGAUUCUGAAAUUUGGGUUCCUUUCCUUUAAGGCAUUAGAUCAAAAGGCAGGCAUCAAUUUAAAAAUAAAUUGAUUUAAAAAUAAACUGAUUUAAACCACUGCAUUUUUAUUUUGUACUAUAAAUAGAAUUUCCCCAUAUUUCCCAUUCCCUUACACAAAUAAAUGAUACAUAUAGCUGAACGUAACUUUAGUGAAUAAAAUAUUGGUAUGAGUGGCUUUUAACCAUGAGGUAAGCAUGACUAUUCAGAAGGCACCUCUGCAUUAGGUUACAGGAGCAUGCUUUACUACAUAAUAUUGACAUCUCUUUACAUAUUUCUGGUGAUGUCAUAUGAAAAUACCUCCUUUUAAUCUAGGAAUUACUGUAUCAAAUUACAAUUCUUUUUGUCCCCCACUCCUUUGGCAUUAGAGGCACUGAGGUGAUAGAAGUAUGUCUGAAUCAACUUUGAUUAGAUUUGAGUAUCAUGACUGUGAAGAUGUAAAUUUCAUUUUUUGUGCACUUAACUGCCUUUCUCAGAUGACAAUACCACCAUUCAUUCAACUACAUAAUGAAAGUAUCUCCCUAGAUUUUCAUACAAGUGAGUGGCUUACGAGGCUCCCUCUACUGUUCUGGGUCGUCUUGACCUUUUGUCUCUUUCCAGUGGUUCUAUAUACAGCUUUGCAGUAUCCUCUAGAGAGAAGUACGUAUUUGACAUAAAAAUAAAAAAGGAAUGUGCAGCCUUUUUUCAGUUGCUAAAUUUGAGAGCACAUUAAUAAACAACAUCAGAAGAUGA